AUGAGUACUAUCGAACGGGACACGAUUUUAACAAAAAUUCGACUUCGUAUUCGCACUUUACACAACGAGGCAAGUAAUCAAUGUGCUUUGAUUUGGUUAGAUUCUGAUGCAUUAGAUGACUCAAUUUAUUCCCUACGUACAAAACUAUUACUUCGUGAAAACAGUGAUAUUCCUUGUUACUUUUAUAAUAACCUUGAAUUAUGUUCAACGAAAAUUCAGAAAUUAAAGCAAGACGAAGUUCGAUUGCUUGUUAUUGUAUCUGAUUUAUUUGUGGAAGAAAUUCUUCCUAUUGCGAAAAGAUGUUCAAUCUUAAUCUUCUGUUCAAACUGUCAUCAAUACCAACAUUUAAAGAAAGAUCAUUCAAAUAUUAUCGAAAUUUGUAGCGAACACGAAACGUUAAAGAAUUCCAUCCAACGCGAGUUACCCUUAUUAAAAUUCAAUUUAUUUGGAAAUCAAAAAGUCUUUUCCACACGUUCAUUACCAUCAGCAGCAAAUCUAAUACAUAAUAAAGCUUAUUUCUCAUAUAUGCUCUUUGUUAACUUCUUAAAGCGCAUUCCUUCAACAGAUCAAGCAAAAGAUAUUAUGCUAGACCGAUGUCAACACCAUUUUAGACUUGACAACCACACGUUGGAAGAAAUUGAUUUAUUCCGUAAGACAUACACACCAGAGCAAGCGAUCGCGUGGUAUAAAAAGGAGUCAUUCGUUUUUUCUUCAAUCAAUCGAGCAUUUCGAACGGAAAAUGUCACAUUAUGGUAUAUAUUUCGUUUUUAUAUUAGCGAUUUAAGUAAACAAAUAGAAAAUGCGCAUAAAAAUCAAAAUUGGCAAGGAAUUCUCCAACUUUAUCGCGGUGAUGCUUUUAUUUCGACUGAGGAGAUAGAAAGCUUGAAAUCGAAUAUAAAUGGUUUUAUUUCAACGAAUGCUUUCUUUUCAACAUCAAAACAGAUCGAUGUAGCUUUAAUGUUCGCAGGGGGUAUAGAAGAAAAAUUGAGUAAGCAGCGAGUUUUAUUUGAAAUCACCGUCGAUACAUCAAAUUUGAAAAACACAACUUUCGUUGAUAUUAAUGAAUUUUUGGGAAACGAUGAAGAGCAAAUUCCGUUUAUAUACGAAGACGAGAUUCUAUUUAACGUUGGAUCUGUUUUUCAAAUAAAAAAUGUUUAUUUCAACGACGAAUACAACAUGUGGAGAGUUGAAAUAGAAGCAACAGAUGAAAGAAUCGAUUCAAUUAUCGAACGUAUUAAACAUAUGGAAGAAAAAUUCCAUAAUACAAAUGAUAAUUUAUUAUUCGGUCAUUUAUUAAUCGACAUGAAUCAAUAUGUCAAAGCAAAUUCAUAUUUUCAAAUGAUUUUAAAACUUUUACCUAAAUCACAUUAUGAUGUUCCGUUGGUUUACGAUUACAUUGGUGAUUUAAAUAUGUAUAUCACCAACUGGAAUGAAGCAUUGAAAAGCUAUGAAUUAUCUUAUAAAAUCAAAAGGAAAAACUCCCAUUCCUACCGACAAACAGUCGGAAUAACAUUGAAUAGCCUAGGAAAUCUUUAUAAAUCUAUCGGAGAUCAUUGUCAAGCGUUGAAACAUUAUUUCAAAGUUUUAGAUUAUCAAAUUAAUCCUGUGAAUAAAGCAAUCACUCUAUUAAAUAUUGGUGCGAUUUAUAUAAUAAAAAAAAAUUAUACGAAAGCUUUGGAUCGAUGUUUAGAAGCACGAGAUCUUAUUCAUGAACACUCUUUGAUAGCACCCGGUGGGCUUGUUCGAUGUUACCGAAUUAUAGGGGAUAUUUACUUUGCACAAGAUGAUUUCGAUCAAGCAAAAGAUUUUUAUUUUGCAGCAUUUGAUUUGAGCAAGAACUCUCUUUUUGAUAGUGAUCUUCAGCGGAUUGUUUGUGUGAAAUCGUUAGUUGAUUUGUAUGCAAAGCAGAAUAUGAAACAACAAGCAAUUGAUUUUUGUUCGAGAGAAUUGAAUUUUUAUGAACACUGUUUAACGAAAGAUCAUCCUAAUAUUGCUCAUUUAUUGAUGAUUUUGGCUGAAUUGUAUGAAGUCAAUGAAGAUCAAAGAAUUGACUAUUUGCAGAAAGCAUUGAACAUUUUAGAAGAGAAUCGCCAUCACAAUUAUGAUCAAACAGCCAAUUGUUUCAAACUAAUUGGAAAAUUUUAUGCGGAGAAACAUUUAUAUGAACAAGCAAAAAUAUUCUUUAAGAAGACUUUGGAGAUACAAAAGCAAAUCUAUCCGAAUAAGCAUCUGAUAAUAAAAGAAACUCAAUAUCUUAUUGAUAUGAUUAAUGUUUAA